AGUUUCAAAAUCCAGAGAGAGAGAGAAAAGAGCAGAGCAUCUCCUCCAUAUAAGAAGAACAAGACGAGUCUCUCGAAUGUUGUCUGGUGGGUGUGGAGAAAUCAACUACCACAAAACCCAUUUCCUCAACAGAGGCUCAUCAUUAUCAUCAUCUUCUUCAAUUAACUCUUCAUCAUCUUCAAUUUCAGUUCCAUUAGGAGCCAAAACCAUGGAAGAAGUGUGGAAAGACAUCACUCUCCUUCAGGACCAGUCAGUCAUGACACCAAGACCUGCAAUAACCCAAAACCACCACCACCAUCUUCACAAUAAUCCCAACUAUACCCUCCAAGACUUCCUUGCCAGACCCUUUAAUAAAGACCCACCAACGACAGUCAUCCAUGGUGCUUCGCAUCCGGCGAGUCCUGUUCUUAACUUGAAUUCUGGUGCUGGGUUUGAUUUCCUGGAGCCUAAUGAGCAGUUCCGAGCAUCAAAUGGCUCUGCUUUUACCAACCCAUUUGAUGCUUUGGGUUCUUCUAAUGGAUUACCUUGUUUUGGGAAGAAGAGGGUUCGGGAAUCUGAUAACAGCUCUGUCGAUAGAAGGCAUAAGCGCAUGAUCAAGAACAGAGAAUCUGCAGCUCGAUCAAGAUCUCGAAAACAGGCGUACAUGAACGAACUGGAGCUUGAAGUGGCACAGCUAAUGGAAGAGAAUGCGAGGCUCAAGAGUCAACAAGAACAGUUGUGCCUAGCAGCAGCAGCAGCAGCAGCUCAGAUUCCCAAAAAGCACACGCUUCAUCGAACGUCAACCGCACCAUUUUGAGUACUGGUGAUAUCAGAGCCAAUCCACCCUAGCUAGUGCCUUCAAGUGGCGAAACACGUAUUUAUUUAUGGGGGUUUUGCCUUUUCAUUUUUUCAUGAACAAUGGUUUUUGGUGACAAGUGUAGAAGGGGAAUGGAAAAAAAAUGGCCUGUUUUGGAUUCCAAAGAGGGUGGAAGUGGAAUUAGGUGGGUGUUGGUGUUGAUUUGUAUUUUCUUUUGUUGUGAAGCUAAAAGGAUAGAAUUGUGUGGGGGAGCAAGGAAAGAGUGAGUAGGGAAGUGGUUCCAAGAAACUGUACGGUUUGAAAAAGAUUGGACGUUUAUAG